GACGUUUUCGGAGUAGUUGGUUCAUCCAUUAACUUUACUUGGUACUUUUCAAAUGGUGUGGAAACCGUAACUUGGGGACUGAAGGAUUCUGUUAGUUCCACAGUUGAUUUGAAUAAGAAGCUCAUAUCUAUUGGACUUCAAGGACAAUUACCUUUGACACCCCCUCAAGCAUAUGUUGGACGAGUAAGUGGGAGUGGUAGUGCCUCCUCCGGCUCUGUCAAUUUUACCCUUACUAAAAUCAAGAAAAGCGAUGAGGCAUUUUAUGGCAGCGAGUUAUUUCCUGUGGGUCCAUAUUCUACAGCCUUUGAUUAUGUACAUUUAGUCGUUCAAGGUGGGUAUUAAUGAAAAUAUUUUUUCCUGGUAGCUAAAACUGUUAUGUGUACCCGCAGUAAGAUGUGUUUUAAAUCUUGACAACGAUCAAAUAUAACCGAGACCCUGCUGAUUGUACCCUUUGAAGGCAGUUAUAGUUUUGGCAAAUUUGUUAUUGCUGUUGUUUAACACCAAAAACAACAAAAAUAUCGGCCAACCUUAACAAGUUUUUGUUACGUGAGUAUUUAAAUUCCCGAAUAUUGUACCCCCCAAAUUAACGGCGAAUGGGCGAAGUUUUUAAUACGUAAAAGUAUUCUUUUUUUCCGUUCCUGUUCCAAUUUUAUUAAAAAACGCAAUAAAGCAAAAAUAAAAAAAAGAGACAACCACCAAGGACACAAAAAGUUCGUAAGACUAUAAAAGCAGACAAACACAAGCGUACAUCUCUGCGAAGUCUGUUAAUAGCUACUUCUCUAUGAAGCUUCUAUGAUCACGAAGUCUGGGGUCUGUUUGUGUCUUGUUGCUGGAAGAGACUGCAGCAUGACGGACACUGAAAACCCUUUGCUGCGUGAAGUAUUUUUCUGGGCAUUGAAACUCAAUGAUAAUCUCAAUGUGUUAAAAUAAUCAACAAUCAAGAUUUGAUAACACAAACUUCAGUAUGUGGCAUAUACAAAACACCAAUAAUGCGCGAUCAAAUUUAAAGCAGCUCUAAGGAAAGAGCACGCCCAAAUAGCGCUCAAAGUCUUUACUAUCCAAGAAGUUGAUCGCAAAUCAUUGAUUGGGAAGUUCGCACUAUCUUUAAUAUUAAUUGUAAACAGAGCGAUACCUCCUCUGUCUUAAUGGAGACUAAUCCACAAUAAAGAUUUACUGUUACUGAUAUUUUACUAUCAAAGAGGUCUAAAAAAAAAUGACAUCAAUUGCAAAUCAUUGAUUGGGAAGUCUGAACUAUCUUUAAUCUUAAUUGUAAACAGAACGUUCUCUUCUAUAUCUUAAUGGAGACUAAUGCACAGUAAAGAUAUACUAUUUCUGUUACUUUUAAUAUAUAUUACUAGUGAUACCCAAAACACUAACGUAUUUUGAGAAGGAAUACCCAAAGCAAGGGAAUACCCAAAUCACCAUGACAGCGCCUGAAACUAAUUAACAGAAAUACCAAUAAGUUUAACGGCAUGUGAACAAGCGAGCUUCGGGGCAGUCAGCUGAGAUGUUAGAGUAAGACUUAUUAAAGAAUCUCGACUGGAUUCUCUGUUUUUUUUUAAUGGAUUUUUUUCGGACUAAUUUAAACGUAUAGCCAUAAUACUUUAAAUGCGGAUCAAAAGCCGUGGGGGGAACGCAUAUGUAUAGCGUGACGUAACAGGUUUUUACUUCCGCUUCAGUUUGUCACGUGGUUUGCACCAGACGACGCUUACGGCAAGGUUAUAAUUUAGCUGUGUCGUUUUACUGCUUAUCUUUUCUUCUGUGAGAAAAUGUGCGUUUUAUGAUUACUGCUAAGUGAAAACACAACUAAGUCUACUAUCGAAGUCAUGUUAUACGUUACAGACGAUCAAAGGAUGCUUAUCAUGAUUUCGGUUGGAUCACUGCUGUUGCUGCUUCCGAUACUCCCGUGUGCAGGUAAGCUGAUUGACAUAUGUAUUGGGGAUUUAUUAAUGUAUAUAGUACUUAUUUUCAUCUAGAAUGAAUUUAAAACUUGCUACUAAGAACUUCACUUAUUGCAAUUGCCGACGAAUAGUAGUAUCACAUAAUUUAUUAUACUGAAUGAAUUGAAACUCCCCUUGAUUCAUUUACUAAACACACACUUCGUUACUUAACUUCCGCUUUUAUGAUGUAAGACGAAAUCUUGGUUUAUCCCGCUCAUCAAGAGUAAACUGACCAAGUUAAAGCAUGGCUGAUUAUUCUUCCACCUGAGUUUUGGCACCAGUUUGAAGUUAAGAUCUUUACAGUAAAUGCUUGGAUUUAGCGAAAGAGUCGCGCUAUUGAAAGAUUCAAAUAAUUAAAAUUAUAGGUUUUAUCUCUGGUUUCAACGGAACUUAGGUGAACAAAAAUGUAAUUCAGUUGAUAAAUUAAUAUAAUCAAUGAAACGUCCAGCUGGUCACACUAUUGAGGGCCAGUGCACAGAGAGAUUGAGGAAUUUAGCGACACAGCAAUAGGAGGCUCAUCAAAGGAUAUAUAUUAUCCUUUACAUUAUGCGUAUUUUCAGCUCUUCGGAGCUAGUGGAACCCCAAACUACCUUUACUGAAUUUGGUGGAGUAUUAGGAAUUCAAAAGAGGCUCACACUCGAAAGGACUGAUAUGAAGUUAGGUCGGUUUAAUUAGCGAAAGAAUAGAUGAAAUAUAAACAUGUGUAGUCUGUAACUGGACUGAACCUCCUAUUCUGGAGACUAGACCUUGUCUAUUUUAGAGAAAAAAAGAAUUUAAGUUUUGAUGACCUUGCCGGUCCCGUGAGAAAGAUGGCGAUCCCGGAAAACGGCCCGCAAAACAAAUUAACAAAAUUAUACAAUUACGGACACAAAAUAUCAAAACGGAUUACACAAGCAGAUUAUAGCAACAACAAGGCUCACAAACUUACGAUCAAAUUUGCGAUAUAUAGCGAUAUUUGCUAGCUUCUUAGCUUUUCCUCGACAUCACUCGUGAGAUAUCCCUUGAAAAUUUGCACAAGCGACCCAAGGCUCUGUUACUAUUUGACGUCACACUGGGUGGCGGAGUGGGUAAACAGUUUUUUUUGUGUCUUCGUCUUCCUACCUCCCCGCCUGCUUUGGGUGAAAAUUUGUAGUUUUCUUACAUGGCAUGGGGAGUAAGUCUUUGGCAGUCAAGUCAAGUACAGUCGAGUCAAGUCAAUUUUUAUUUAAACUCAAACAGAAUAAUAAUAAUUAGUACAAAUUAGUGCUUUACAAUAUAAAAUCGGGCGAUUUGAAGGAAAAGACAUUUUCAAUCGUAGGUUCAUUGUGCAGAGUUCUGGACACCUAAAUAGUUUGUGGAACUAACCGUGUAGGUGACCCAAACAAGAUAAAAAGUAUUAAGUGUUUUAGAUAAAAAGUAUUACUUCAUUAAUUAAAUAAUAGUUAAAGAUAAUUUAAUAGUAAAAUAUUAGGAAUCAAUAAUAGCAUAAUAACAAUCAAUCACAGAAUUCUUGAUAUAUUGAAGAAAACUGGAAAACGGCUUGAUUUUCUUAGCAUCAAUAGAUAAAGAAUUCCAAAGUAUUGGACCAGUUUUGGACAAAAUAUUACCUUUACUUCUUCAAGGCUUUAAGAGACUUAUUGAACAUAUUUAGGUCGAUCAUCCUCAGACCACCCUCCUUGGAACUUUACCAUCCCGAGGAAAUUCAAAAACAAGUUUAUUGACUUCUCUUUCCACCUCCGCAAAGGUAACGAGCGGUGUUAAGAUGUACAUAAACUGGAAGAUCAGGAGACUUUUACGAUUACAGUGAUGUUAGGUAGAUAGAUGUAGGUGUUAGAUAUUUAUUUUAAUGUUAUUCAGCACUAUUUAAGUAAAGGAUUUAGUACGUAUAUUUCACUGUUUGUAAUGUCUUUAGCAGUAAAAAUUAUUUUUUCUUCAGGGCAGCCAUUCUCCGAUUAUUAUGGUGGGAAGACUGUAAAGGGAGUUAUUGGUUCUUCUAUAAAUUUCACAUGGACCAUCCUAAGACCUUUUACCAGGGUCGAGUGGGGAUUAGCAGUAACUCCUUAUGCUUUUGAAACUCCACCUCGAUUGCUAGUGUCUUAUUUUAAAGGCAAUCCACUACUAGUUACACCCCCAGCAGCGUAUACUGGAAGAGUGUCGGGGAAAAAUACUGGAAGUCAGGUCUCAUUCAUCCUUAGAAACUUAAGAAAAAGUGAUGAAAGGUUGUAUGGCUGUGAGGUCAGUGACACCAGCAAUGGAGAUGACAUACCAAGUUUUGACUCCGUUACUUUGGUAGUUGAAGGUAGGGGCAACUACUUUGUUGUAAUCUCAUGCCAUCACAUAUAGUAAGUGCAAUUAUUAUAUUACAAUCAACACUCAAAACCGAGCACAGAUAUGUACAGUUUUACUUUAUAAAGUAGGCAUACAUAAAGGAGAAGAGGACUGAGAAUGGCAAAGGUGUGAGUGUGAGUACUGUCCUCUUGCUACUCCGCCUUAAGUGGAUAAUUGUUGUAGUCUGUGAUUCCUUCAAAACGGAAUCGUUGUCUUCAGUCGCUUCUUCACCGGACGAGAAGGAAAAAGGAAAAAAAAAAAAACAAGAAACCGAAUUACGCGUACAGUGGAACAGGUGACGAGGUUCUAACAAUACUGGCAAUGGCAUAAAGUGGACCUAGUACUGGAAAACUAGACAAACAAUUCGUGCAAAUCAAUGACUAGAAGAAUCUUUUGCUGAUAUUGAAAAGAAUAUAAUAGACUUAAAAAGAACUACAGUUAAGACGAGCUAGAGAUUGAGCGACCUUGAGAUGAGCGUCGGUUUCCAUAACCAAGAUAUCAGAGGUCUACCGCGAGAUUUAAAAGUAGUACCGCAUGAGGCAAACGAUCAUAUGCCUGGACGCUGAAGAAACCAGACACAAGUAACUUUUCUGCGCUCGUUACAUAGUGGGUACCUCACUGCCUCGUCAUUUACAAUCCAUGGCUGGUCCUCAGGUCUUGGGAACGUGAUUGUGAGCGCAAAUGAAAGAGCGUUCUGAGCCCUACGGAAUGCAGCCAUGAAAUCAUCGAUUGAAUCCACGCAGGACGACCGGCUGUUACUGCAUCCAGGGAAGCGAGGUAACUUGAACACCUUGAAAUGACACUUGAAAGGACUUUGUAUGCGCCAAUGAACGAUAUUAAUUGAUCAAAAACGUUCGGCACAGGGUAAGUGGCUAGGGUGUUCAGGCGGUUGGACUGACGGAGAGAGAACCAGCGUUCCAGAUCCAACCAAAAAAGUGGUAAAUUUGAGGCUGAUGAUGGUCUUGUGGGCAGAAAAACGCAAGUUACACUUGUGAAAAGCUUGUAGGACCCUCUUCCAGUUUUGGACUAGCUCUUGGGUCGUAAGGGCUUAUAACAGGGUUACAGUUUUUGUUUAACGGUGAAUGGGCUUAUAACUGGAAGGCUUAUAAGUGUGGGCUGGGGCUAUUUAAGGGGACGCGAUCACGUUUAUGCGCAUGCGCGCCGUUUGUCUCUUCAGAAUAAAUUUGUCGGGUCAACACUAAUUUCGAAAUCGCCAUUACUGGUACAAUCAUUGAAAAUCCUUCGUUUUAUUUCAACAUUCGUCGCUUUGGCUGGCCUAGUUAUACUUUGGUAGUGGUGAUUAACGUGUGGUUGUGUUGUUUGACCGGUUACGUUUUAAGAAGACGCAAAAAAUAAUGUUUUGAUCAUGGAGGUUCAGAAGAGCAUCGUGGCCGUCCGGCAACAGGACGUUCUCAAGAGUCUUUGGAGAUAGAGAAGCUUAGCCGAUGUAUUUGGUAUGGUUCUAGGAGUAGUGUGUGGCUUACGCAAAAAAUACACGACACUUGGAAAGUGGUUAAAGGCAUGAGUUCGUUCAACUUUGGUUUGAUUUUUGACUCUGACCUGUAGUUAUACCGCAACAGGCCGCGCGAUCUUUACCGAUCUGGUACACUUGAAAUGUUCCAUGUAUCUUUGCUUUAUGAUCGUGUAUGUUUAAGAAUUGAUGUUCUUAAAAGACAUUAUUGCCUGAGUACGAUGAUUCUGUUUAUAAUCUAGUUUCUUUAUGUGUUCUACUCAAUAACAUUUGUUUUCCAGAACACUGACCCGAUGCAACGCGAAUGAAUUUGUUCAUUUGCUGAUAAGCAAUUGAAAUUUAUGCUCAAUUAAGGAUAAUCUUAAUACGCAAACGUUGUGCGUUUUUGUCGCCGGUCAGGUGCUAUUUGUAGGUAUUUCUGGGUUUAUACAGGGCGAACUGAGAGAACAGUAAUAAAAUGUUUGUUUACAAAUUUUGUUUGCCGAUCGGUGAUCAUGACUGCUUUGUUAACGUGGGUACGACCUCGUAAAAAUACACGUUGGUGAAUGUUUGUUUCAAAGCAGGACAGGGCUGUAAAUCUUAUUCUUAUCGGCUGCAAAAUACAUAUGAGGAGUAGCAAAGAAUAAACUUGAAUUAUGGGGAUAAAUAAAAUUAAACCAAAUGCCCGGAAAUACUCUCGCGUCGCGAACAAUGAAUUUGAAUUUUGUAAAUUUACUUGCGUGCAUCUAACUCGCUUCCGAUUGGUUUAAAAACAAUCAGCUACUGUCAGAACUCACACAUGCGCAUUAUCUUGAACCAGUCCCUUUAAGGAAUUGACCACUCCAGAAAAAACCAUAACAUACCAUAAUACUCUUUGUUUGUCACCCCAAAAUUUUGCAUAAGCAUUGUUUUCAGUUUAUCUUGGGCCUUUUUAACUCCCAAGAGAAACUGAAGACAAUGCUUAUGAAAAAUUCUGGGGUGACAAGCAAAGAGUAUUAUGGCAUGCUAUGGUAUUUUCUGGAGUGGUCAAUAGAAAACGUCUCCCUUGUUUGCAAAGUCUGAUAUAAACCCGAGAGAGGUUGGGAGAAUUCGAGACAGUUAUGCAAACCCGAGAUGAAGUGGAGGGUUUGCACUUGAUUUGUCGAGAAUUCUCCCAACCCCUCGCGAUCGAGUAUUUAUAUUAGGCCGUAGGCUAUGCAAAUACACGAAAAAAGCUUUCUAUUGCCUUUACAAAUUAACUUCUUCAAGAAAAAACGCAAAAACCUUUGGCACUGGUUAAAAAUAAAAUUCUUAUUAGUUGGGAAGUCUUGUAUGCGAAGUCUUGUUCGCGUGAUUACUUCUUGUUUUGCAAAAAGAUGCUUUCCAAAAUACUGAUUUUUCUCGUAUAAAAUGUCAGCAUGUGCGAAAACAAAAUUGACAAAGACUUUUGGUAAAGAUUUUUCAAGUUUCAGCCGACGAUGGAAUGGGGAAAUAACGUAAACUUGUCGAGUUUUCAACUCAAAAACGUUUUCAAAUUCGUGCUUGCGAGAUUAGUAUGCGACAAGCAAAACAUCUUGACCUCACAACCGUGUUUACAUACUCCUCAUGCAAACACGCCUUUCGGCUAGUCAGAGCGCGCGUGCUAUCUUAUUUGUUUUAUAUAUAAUAAUUAACAAUUAUUGCACGAGGUUGAGCAAAAUAUCGUGAUGGUACGAUAACUUGCAAGAGCAGGAGCUUACCUAUCUACAUAAUCAUAAUUAUGUUAUUUCUUCGUAAAUUCCCCUUUUUAAAAGUACUUCGAACGAAGAGUUAAAAAUGUUUUCAAAAAACCUAGUUUAACGAGCCUUGUUACUUAUUAAAGUCAAUUUCUUAUUUAAAAUAAUGAUCUUUCUACAAAAGCCGUUAUGAUAAAUCAAAAUGUAUUAAGAUUAAGCAAUGAGAAUUGCUAGACUCGCCUAUAAAUCACGGUCAUCCGCUAGUUAUUAUGAAGUAGCUACAACGUAAUUUUUAGGGAGUUAUUAUAACUGCAAAAAUGGAGUAAAAAUUUUAAGUACAGGAUAACCCCUUUUGGGGGGUUAUUUUAACUCCUAAUUUAACUCCGAAUUUGGGGUCAUUUUUACUCCUGAAAAAGAGUUCUUUUAACUCCCAGUCUGGAGUUAAAAUAACUCCGAAAUGGGGUUACUUUUACUCCUUACAUGGGUUGUAUUUACUCUUUUUGGAGUUAAUUUAACUCUGAAAGUGGGGUAAAAAGUUUAGGUACAGGAUAACUCUUUUUUGGGGGUUACUUCUACUCCUCAAUAUCUGGGGGUCACUUUUACUCAUGAAAAAGAGUUAUUUAAACUCCUUUUUGGAGCUGAGUUAAAAUAACUCCCCCAAAAAUAACUCCACUGUAAGGAGUUAAAUUAGCCCCACUAGAGGAGUUAUAAAUUAUAACUCCUUGAAAAUUACUGUGUAGUGAAAUGUCUACAUUAAGCGGCCUUUUUCUCGCCUUAACUCUGGGUAAAUCAUUGAGAAUCAACGAAUAGGUAAACUGUCAGUUAUCUUACAUCACGCCGACGUGCCGUGCGUUGGAAAGUGAGGUACCAAAAGAGAUCAUUAUGAUUAGAGGGGCAAGAAAAAGUGCAAAAUAUUUCUUCGAAACAGUUUUUACUGAAGAUCGCAAUAAUACAGCCUUAAGCUGGCUAAGUAAGCAACGUUUCUUUACUGAUCUGCAACGACGAAAAUAUUCUUUAAGUGUGGACCUUUAAUUUGCCUCACUUUGCAGAGAUACCGAUCAUAACUCAUCCUGCAUCAGGCAACGCAACUUACCGUGAAAGCGACGCUGUGAAUAUCAGCUGUAAAACUUCUGGAAAUCCAGUCCCAGAUGUGAGCUGGGUCCAUGAUGGCAGAAUCAUGAUUUCUGGCUCUAAAACA